AUGUUAGGUAGGUUUACGAGACUGCUCGUGGCAACUGCGCAAGGCUAUAGGUAUGCUUCUAACUCAGCCUCAGCGAAACCAAUUGCGCGCUCCCUGCGGAGGUCAGUUUUGCCCGAUGGGCCUUGGAAGAUAACGGAGGACAAGUCACAUCCAUUAGCCCAUAGAGUCUCCAAGCAGAUGUCCAUUAAGCCAGUAACAGCAAUAACUACUUCAGAGUCUUAUGAUCUGAAUAAAGUCAUUGAGUUGCUUUUCCAGAAGGGUUAUCAACCAGUUAACCUGAUACCCAAUGAAAUUGUGACGUUCAAGUACUUCUACGAGGGCUUACAAGGUGAUGUAAUGGUCAUUGGACAAAAUGGUAGUGUCGUUUCAUGGGGAUUUGAUGAGGCCUCACACAAGCAACAUAUAUUGCCUCUUAUUGAUGGGGCCCGAACUAAUCCGCUCCCGCAAUCACUGUAUGAAAGCGAAGACCUCGACUAUGUGGAGAUUGAAUCUAAGGAAGAGUGGAGCCAAAUAUCUAGCUUAGUAAACGUAAGUGGGUUAGAGCAAAGCUUCAUUAAGGAGGACUUGAUCGUUGUGGACAGGACAUCGGGGGACAAGGAUAUGCUGGACAAGGCUGCGUUCUCGAGCGGUAUUUCCCGCAGUACCAUGCUCGCUGUAUUGGAGCGGAACAUGGAAGCGCAUAUUGAGAGCACAAGAAGCUUUACGGAAUUGCUCUCCAAAGGUAAUAGGCUCAACAUCACAGAGGCUGAGAUAUUAAAAAGCACGGGCAGAUUAUUUCUCAUGCGUGGGAAACUAAACCUUUACUCCGAACUAAUUGAGACUCCUGACUUGUACUGGAGCGAACCAACAUUAGAGACCAUCUAUAAACAGGUCUCUAGGAAUCUGGAUGUGCCCGCUCGUAUUAGCAUUCUAAACAAAAAACUUGAUUACGCUACAGAUGAAUCCCGUGCGCUGAUGUCGGUGCUUAAUGAGAAGAAAAGUACCAGACUAGAAUGGAUUAUCAUCUAUUUGAUUACCGUCGAGGUCUGCUUUGAGCUGCACCACUUCUACGAGCGCUUCUUCGGCGGCAAGCCGGAUGCUCAUGCGUCGCUGCAGGAGUAA